AAUUCGUUGAGUUUAUUUUGAAAGUGCGCACAAAAGCGUCGAUAAAAGCUAAUAAUCACCAAGUCUACUGAAGAUGCUCUUGCCGUUUUGUCAGAAUACACAAUAAAGUAGCUACAUACAACCCUUUUCUAGUUAGAAUUUGCCGUAAUAGGCCGAAAAUCACUGUUUUCUUUGUCCUGAAACAGAACAAUUUCCCGUCCGAAUUUCGAAUCACCCGCCUCUGCCAUUGGUCUAAAAAUAGAACAAAAUGGGAGCUGUUUUGAAUGACAUGUGAAUACACUGCACAUUUAUCAUUAUUUCUCGGCUUUGUUGUGAUCCGAGGAAGUGAUGAAGUUGUUAAAGCCUGGAUGGGUUACUCAUGAUGGAAAUGCCAUAUUUUCUGUUGACAUUCACCCAGAUGGAUCAAGAUUUGCAACUGGGGGGCAAGGAGAGAAUUCAGGAAAGGUCAUUAUCUGGAAUAUGGCACCAGUUCGCAGUGAGGAGGAUGAAAAGAAUGAGAAAGUACCCAAGAUGCUGUGCCACAUGGAUAAUCAUUUAGCUUGUGUAAAUGCAGUGCGAUGGUCGAAUCAUGGGAAGUACCUGGCUUCGGGCGGUGAUGAUAAACUCAUCAUGAUAUGGCAGAUCGGAAGAUACACUGGUCCAACCACUGUGUUUGGUUCUGGUGGGAAGCUUGUUAAUGUUGAAAGCUGGAGAUGUGUAGUGACACUGCGAGGCCACUCUGGAGACGUGAUUGACCUAUCGUGGUCCCCCAACGAUGCAUGGAUGGCUUCAUGUAGUGUAGACAAUACUGUGGUCAUAUGGAAUGCACUCAAAUUUCCAGAACAAAUCAAGGUGCUACGAGGACAUACCAGCCUGGUGAAAGGGGUUACUUGGGAUCCCGUGGGCAAGUACCUUGCAACACAGUCUGAUGAUAAAACCUUGAGGGUUUGGCGAACUCUUGACUGGCAGCAGGAAGCUUCUGUGACAAAACCAUUUGAAGAGUGUGGUGCUACAACUCAUGUGCUAAGAUUGAGCUGGUCUCCAGAUGGACACUUCAUAGUAUCUGCUCACGCUAUGAAUAAUCGGGGGCCUACCGCUCAGAUUAUUGAGAGGGAAGGAUGGAAAACUAGUAUGGAUUUCGUUGGACACAGAAAAGCUGUAACUGUUGCAAAAUUUAACCCAAACAUCUUGCAGAAGAAGAAAUCAGGUUCAGGGCAGGCACAGUUUUUCUCGUGUUGUGCUAUUGGUAGUCGAGAUAGAUCUCUGUCGGUUUGGUUGACGGCAUUACGAAGACCCCUUGUUGUAACCCACGAUUUGUUUUCAAAUUCCAUCCUGGACAUUAGUUGGAGCCAGAAGGGGAUGGAACUCAUUGCCUGCUCUGUGGACGGGACAGUGGCAUAUCUACAAUUCUCACCAGAGGAACUGGGGACGCCACUUACCAUAGAAGAAAAGGUGCAACUCCAUCAGAAGAUCUAUGGGAAGAGUAUGCUCAGCACCUCAAAGAAUCAGCAGCCGGCCAGCCAGAUCAUUGAGACCACUGCCAUGUUGAAACUGCAGCAGCAGAAGGAACAGGAGAGGGGUAGUCGAGACAGUCAACCUGUAUUGAAUGGGAAUACUCCCCAAAAGAGAACGACGCAUCAAAUUGAGACCAAGACUCCGGAUGGACGGCGAAGGAUCACACCAAUAUUUCUAGCUCCUCAGCCUGAUUUAAAUCUGAGUGAAGUUCCUCAACCAUUCUCCGCCAAUUCAUCUCAGCCCACAUUCACGUCAUCCUUAGAGAAAACCAAGAUCAUCAUAGAAAAACAGGACACGGUGACCGACUCGUCAUGCUCGCCAACAAAGGUGUCAGAGUCCAGGAUUCAAACCAUCACAGACAGUAUGCCGUCCAUGUCUGCCCUUGAUAGCAAGGCUGUUGAAAAGUGUAAACAGACGUCGGCCACACCUGCAGAAAAGUCCGAGAAGGAGAAAAAAGACAAAGUGUCGGAGAAAGAGAAGUCAAAGGAGAAGGACAAAGACAAAGAACGAGAAAAGGAAAAGAAGUUGUCUCUGAAGAGGAAGAUGGAAACACCGACAGGAGCAUCAGGCAAACAGGGGCCUGGUCGGCCACGGAAAGAUCGUACGCUUGAUCAGCACAGAUUGAUGGCCACUUCUACACCCAUAGUGCCUUUUAUUUCUACCCCUCAAACGCCAGACACACGUGUGGUUCUUCCAGCUUCCCUGCAGCUUCCAUCUCUCAGGAUUGAAAAUACAUCUAUUCAGGUUGAACAUUCAGAUGGUCGGAGUAAUAUAGAGGUAGAGAAUGACUACCGAGCCGGGAUACAUACCGUCCAUAAAGUACGACUGAUUAAGGAUGGCAGCGUCUCCUGGGAAAAUCUUCUAUCAGCUCGUAUCAAUGCCUGUUGUGGAUCAAAGAGCUACGUGAGUGUUGCCUGCGAGGAUUCCACUAUCUCCAUCUUCUCAUCAUCCGGGCGACAAGUCAUCUCCAGCCUCGCUCUCGAUUCAAACGUGGCCAUCUUCCAAAGUAAGGGCAGCUAUCUGAUGGCAGCGACUUCAAAAGGGCAUUUAUAUGUUUGGGAUCUCCAUACACUUCAAGCUGUGAUAAAACGCGAAUCAUUAUCCACCAUCAUCACUGACAAAACUAUACGAAUUGAGAGUUCUCGUCUGACAGAGAAAGGCCAACCGAUCCUAUCAUUCAGCAAUGGCAAAAGUUUCACUUAUAGGUUAGACCUGGGAUGCUGGUUAUUGGUAGCAAAUAGAGAUGACCCGCUGCGACUGUGUUCAGAUUUCAACAAAAAUAGAACGUCACAAAAGGGCCUCCUCUUGUCCUUGCAAUCUUCAAAAGAUAAGUUUGCACCCCAGGCAAGUCGUAUGUUCCAGAGUAACCCGUUGUUACAGAAGGCGUCCAGCUGUGGGCAUUUGGAGUCGCAGUUAUGUGCCAGUCUUGCUAUCGGUUCUGCCACAGAAUACAAGUUCUGGUUGACUUCUUAUGUUAGGUACUUAGUUCAGGAAGACUUUGAAGAAAAACUUCGGGAAGUUUGUGAUGGUCUUCUUGGCCCAAUGUUUCCCUCUAAAUCUCACAACUGGGAGUCGAAGAUCCUGGGGUACAAAAAAAGAGAUCUGCUCGAGGAAAUCUUGCCAAUGGUCGGAGCCAACCUACGAUUCCAGCGACUCUUUACAGAGUAUCAGGAACAGCUAGAGACGAUUCAAAAAUGAAGUGUGUGCCAAUGAACUUUAUGGAUGCGCAACUUCGAUGCUGUGAAGGAAUUUUCAUGACCGAGUUCAAGUACAAGAAUGAUGGUAAACCCCAAGUAAUGUUGUUAUGUGCAUAAAGGGAAUCACUGCAGAGAUGGGGUGGAGUUGAUGCACUGCACAAUCUCUCUACUGAUCUUGCAAUUCUGAUGUGUUUGUCAUCUUCUUUGAGGACCUCCAUUUUCUCUUUUGAAUUAUGGGACUUAAAAUAAAACUAAAUGUGCUCAACGGUGGAAAGUACAUCAUGAAUUUUAAUUACUAACCUGAAAAACCGUUCAAACUAUAAACAUUUCUUGGAUUCUCAUCUGAUCAUGAUUAAUUAUAUUGUUGAUGUGAAAUAAUAUGUCAUCGAUUAGUUUUUGUUGGCAAACUUUUAAGACUUGUACAGCUCAAUCUUGUUCUAUGAUAAAGUAUUUGUUUUGUAAUGAA